ACGAACCCGUUGCACGGGAAGGCCCCGGAAGUGUUGGGGAGAGUGGCCGGCCGGCCGGUUCAUGUGGCGGCGGCGGCGGCGGGGACCGGUCGCGGAGCGGAGCGGGGGUGGAUGGUGAGUGGCCAGUCGGGCAGCCAUGUUGUGCGAGGCGCCGGAAGGCCUGGCCUCCGCCGUGCUAAAGCCGCUGGGAGCUUCAGUACUUUGCCCAGUGGAGCCAGUUGGAAGAUGGUUUGAGGCACUUGUAAAGAGACGGGCGAGGAAUGUGUCGGCUUCUUUUCAUGAGUUGGAAGAUGAGAAAGAAUCAUCUUCCGAAUCAGAAGAUGAAGAAUUGCAAAUCGAGGAAUAUCCGUUGCUGAAAACCCUUGAACCAAAGGACUGGAAAAAUCAAGAUCAUUAUGCUGUUCUUGGGCUACGACAGUUGAGGUACAAAGCAACACAGAGACAAAUCAAGUCUGCCCAUAAAACCAUGGUAUUGAAACAUCACCCUGAUAAAAGGAAAGCAGCUGGAGAACAAAUAGGGGAAGGAGACAAUGAUUAUUUUACAUGUAUUACAAAAGCCAACGAAAUAUUGUCUGAUCCAUUGAAACGUCGAGCAUUCGACAGUGUGGAUCCCACUUUUGAAAAUUCAAUACCUUCUAAAAAUGAAGCAAAAGAGAACUUCAUCGAGGUGUUUCUAGCAGCCUUUGAACGGAAUGCCAGGUGGUCUAAAAAUAAACAUGUUCCAAAGCUGGGCGAUUUGAAUUCUUCCAUUGAAGAAAUAGAUGCAUUUUAUUCAUUCUGGUAUAAUUUUGAUUCCUGGCGGGAAUUUUCUUACUUGGACGAAGAAGAGAAAGAAAAAGCGGAGUGCCGAGAUGAGAGAAAGUGGAUCGAGAAGCAGAACAGAGCAGCUCGUGCACAAAGGAAAAAAGAAGAAAUGAAUAGAAUAAGGACACUAGUCGACACUGCAUACAAUUGUGACCCUAGAAUAAAAAAAUUUAAAGAAGAAGAAAAAGCAAGAAAAGAAGCAGAGAAGAAGGCAAAAGCUGAGGCAAAAAGAAAAGAGCAAGAAGAAAAAGAAAAACUUAAACAAGCUGAAUUGGAAGUUGCCCAAUUGGCCAAAGAAAAAGAGGAUGAAGAAGCUAGACAACAGGCACUGCAAUCAAAGAAGGAAAAGGAAAUACAGAAGAAAGCAAUUAAGAAAGAAAGGCAAAAGCUACGAACAGUUUGUAAGAAUUGGAACUACUUUACUGAUAAUCAAACGGAAAAUGUGAAAAUGAUGGAGGAUGUGGAGAAACUCUGUGACCGACUUGAAUUAGUGAGCCUACAAACCUUAAAUGAAGUACUUGCAUCAAGUACAAGGGAUGAAGGUCAAGCUGAAGUACAGAAACAGAUCCAAGAAGUGAAUGCACAGUUAGCAAAAGAGAAGGAGGAGGCAGAGGCACGGAUGCGGCAGGCUACAAAAAGCUCAGAUCACGCUGCAGGUUAUGGAGGAGGAAGCAAAGCCUGGAUUGAGGAGGACUUGCAGCUCCUGAUAAAGGGUGUAAAUAUCUUUCCUGCUGGAACUAAUGCCAGAUGGGAAGUAAUUGCUAAUUUUAUCAAUUCACAUUCAACAAGUGGAAUUAAAAGGACAGCCAAGGAUGUAAUCCACAAGGCUAAGAAUUUACAAAAACUUGAUCCUCAACAAAAAGAUGAAAUAAAUAAGAAAGCAUUUGAAAAAUUUAAUAAGGAACACAGUACAGCAGCUGCAACAGCGGAUAAAGUGAUUCCUUCAGAGAGAUUUGAGGUGCCUGGUUAUGAAAUUAACCCUUGGACAGCCGAAGAACAGAAGCUUUUGGAACAAGCGCUAAAGACGUAUCCAGUUAACACACCUGAACGAUGGGAAAAAAUAGCGGUUACUAUUCCAGGAAGAACUAAGAAAGAUUGCAUGAAGAGAUACAAGGAACUUGUUGAAAUGGUUAAAGCAAAGAAAGCUGCACAAGACCAAGUUAAUACCACUCGACUGAAGAAAUGAUGAUUCUAACUCCCUUUUAUCAUUGUGCAUGUGAUUAUUUGAUAAUAAAAUGAUAAAACCAAAUAU